AUGGAAGGACCAAGCGCACCACAAGACACAAUACCUGGUUUACCGCAAGACACAACUCCUCUGUCGAAUGCAGCCGACACUCCUUCCAAGUUCCUCGGAGAGCAAGACGCUGUCAGAUCUUGUGUAAACCGAGACCAUCUAUUAACAAUGAAAGAUCUUACUGAAGCCGGAGAGCUAAUGUAUACAACAGACACGCUGAAGACUAUUUCUGAAAAACUUAUCGCCGAUUUCAACGCGACAGAGCCUAAGCAAUUUUCAAAGCUAAUGAAAGAUUGCUUAACACCUAUGAUGUACUUGUUGAAACGUGAACUCAAUCUACUUGAUUUUACCAAAUUCAUCAAACAAGGUUUAAUGACAAAUCGUACGAUUCCACGACCAAGUCAGCGUAUGCUUGUUGACAUUCUGCUGAAGAAUUCUGAAGACCAUCUUGCUCAAACAAUCGUCAAGCUACUAUCGAAAAGAAAUGCUGUACCGUUGUUUGAGGUCCAGGGAGAAAGUCAAGAAUUUGUUCCGUAUAUUAUUCAUGCGUGGGACUAUGAAAAACCCACGAUUCUCUCUUUUGGCAUUGGUCCAUGCGAUGGCAAAUCCUCACUGCUCAAUAGUCUCUUUCUCUCCAACUUUGAACAAAGAGUAUCGAGCAGUUAUUUUCAACAAACUAUCGAUGUGGACUUUGGCUACAGUUUUAUUCAAUCCAGUGUACAACAAUCACGACCCAUUAACGUUGCUGAUGUUCACGGAUCAAUGUCACUUGAAUUACUCGACAAAGUUAGCCGUCUUUUCGAUGGUUUCAUUAUUCAUGUCAAUACAAAAUUCUUGCUUUGUAAUUUGCCUCUCGUCAAACAGUUUCUUGACCGUCUUCCCGACUAUGCCUACCGCUGCCUUCUUGUACGCGACUCAAGUUUUGACGAAGAUAAUACGGUUCUUCAACAGCUUCGCAGCAACAACAAAGGCAUGCUUCGUUUACCUCAGAUUGCCCAUAAAACUAAUGUUGAAAGUCAAUAUUUUCUAAACAAACUCCGCGACAUUAUAUAUCAUAAAGACAAUUUCUCACCACGAAAGCUAUCCAAAAAUACUCUCGAAGCUGAAUUUCACAAACUUCUCCCGCCCGAGCGUCUCAGAAGAUUCGAUGAUGAAAAAGCAUUGAUUUGUUCCAUCGAAGCAACAUUAAUCAAUGGUGAAAAGAAACACUUCCCCCUAUACAAUAUCUUUGUUGAUGUGUGCCAAAUGAGCGAUAAAUUAUCGCACAUCGAUUUCUACGGUUCAAGAGACAGUGAAGACAUUUUUAACACUCAAAAUGCUCUGUAUAAGUUGGAAGUGAAACUGAGACCUGAUAGUGGAAAUCAGAAGGAUUGUGGAGAAGCUUUUAGAAUUUUCUUCAGUCUUCUUCAAAAUACUUCCAAAUUCAAUAUUUUAAGUAUUAUUGCGUCAGCUCUGAAGAAAAAGAUCGACAGAACACUGAAAGCUGACCAGCUAGCAAUCGAUCUACCCUAUGAAAAGCGACUCUCUAUGGAAAUUCACUGGCGAAACGCGCUCGUUUGCUAUGAUCAUAUACCUUGUGAUGCACAAAAGCAAGAGCUUGUUCAACAUUACCGAGACAUGAUUGCCAGUGGUCAACCUUUUGAAAUCAUAGAUGGUGAUAACUUUUAUUACCAAUCGAGCUUUCUCGAAAAAGUGAUGGUCGACAUGAAAUUCUCCAAAGUUUUCGUUAUCAGCAUCAUCGGUCCACAAAACAGCGGCAAAAGUACUUUACUCAAUUACAUGUUUGGAACUCUUUUCGAUGUUCGAGAUGGUCGCUGUACACGUGGUAAAUGA